GGUGCAUGCAAUUUUCAAAGCAAACAAAUUCAUCUCAAACUAGCCAAACGCUCUGCUUAUGGUCUAACUUCGAUUUUAUAAAAAUUGACACACAUAAAUAAAUAAAAAUGGUAAUUAAAGUAAUAAAUGUAAUUAAAUAAAAAUAAAUAGUAAAAACUAAUAAAGUUAUUCACAUGGAUGGGGAAUUUUGAAGGCAUACUUUGUUAUGUGUUAAACGAUGGUGUAUUAUGUUCGGUAUAAUAUUAGUUGUGUCGGUUUUAUUUCCAAAUACUCUUCUGAUUGGAGCAGUACCUAAUACGGAUGAAAAUAGAGCUAAUGUUUAUUUUACUGAGCAGCAAAAUAAAAACAACAAUGUUGGAGCGGAACAACGAGCGCAUGUAAUCCCUAACAACGAGUCUAAGUUAGCAAAACGAGGCUCUAUAACUGAAGGGAAACAGACUACCCUUCCAAGAUCACAAAGAUUUUUAGAUGAAAACGAUGACGAUAAUACACUACCCCAGCAAACUUUACACGACGCGAGCAAUAAACAAAAACGUUGGGUAGACGUCGAUGAAGAUGACACCGACACAAAAAACGGCAAUCGUGAAAAGACGCCGUCAGAGCCAAGCGAUAUGGCUAGUCUGACGAGUCUUGUAGGAGAUCUUGAUAAAGGUUUAUCUAGUAGGUUUAAAACAAUAAAUGACAUCACUAACUUACAGGCUGCUGAAACCCAGCAACCAAGCAUCGAACCAGGACCUAUGAUAAACGGGGGGAUCAAUAUCGAUCCGAACCAUUUACUACAGGAUCCAGAACCUCCUGGUAUGGUUCAAGGUUCCCCAAGAAUGCUUUCGUUACCUACAAAUGAACAAGUUAUUGGAGAGCCCAUCCCAAUAGGGGGCAAUAAUUUUCAAGGCAACAGAUUAGGGCAUGAACUAAUGGAAGAGUUAAGUCAUGGAGUAGGAGAACAAUUUAGAAAUGGAGAGUUAGGUAUACCAAUAGAAGCAUUUCAAGGUGGACUUCAAGGACUUCAGGGAGGAGUACCUUACCAACACCUCCCGCCUCCUCGAGCGUUAUAUCAUGGGGAUAAUGUUCAUGUGAGCUCUUCUCCUCAUGUAUACCAUACUCGUGAUAGCCCUCCUGAGAUUGUGGUACCAGCAGGUAAUGUACUAUCUGGACCACCAGAACACAGAACAGAGGGACCAAUACAUAGAAUGGAGCCUGGUCCGAUCCUUCAAAAAGUCAUACCUGGAAAAAGUCUUUAUUUAAAACCAAUUCGAAUUAUCCAUCGUCGUCCGCAAAAUAUCUUCAGACAUUUACAUGUGUAUCACAGGCCAAGAAUUAUCGUCAUUAGAAGACAUCAUCGUCACCAUUUUGAGCCACCACCGUUAGUGUGUGAAGCAAAUGAAUGUAAAAAUGGUGGAACAUGCAAUAUCGUGGAUGAUAAAAUCAGAUGUAUUUGUGUUAAAGGAUUCAGAGGACAGCAUUGCGAAGAAAUUAGCAAGUGUCAUCCCGAUCCUUGUAAAAAUGGCGGAACAUGUACAGAAACAGAUCUUGGUUUUACUUGCACAUGCACUCAAAGUUAUGUUGGGGAGCGUUGUGAAGCACAAAGUUACUGCCAUCCCAAUCCUUGUCGAAAUGAUGGGUACUGCUACGAAAAGGGAGUAACAUUUGAAUGCUCUUGUGAACUUGGUUUUAAAGGUCCUACAUGUGCAAUCAAUUCAUUUUGUCACCCCAAUGAUCCUUGCUUAAAUGGUGGUGUCUGCAGUGAGGAUGACAACAGUUACAAGUGCUCCUGUGUACGCGGAUACUCUGGUGUGAACUGUGAAGUAAAACGGCAAACAUGUUUGACUACCUUGUGUCAAAAUGGUGGUACUUGUACAGAAGAUGGAGGUGCUAUUCAUUGUACGUGCCCAGAAGAAUAUAGAGGGAAGGUUUGUGAAGAGAAAAUAUUUCGUGCUUGUACAUCGUCAACAUGUCUGUUUGGUGGAUCAUGCAUCGAGGUGAACCAGUAUGAAUUCAAGUGUUUGUGUCCUCCUGGAAGAACAGGAAAAAGAUGUGCAGCCAUUAUGGAAGACCCAUGUGCACAUUGCAAUAAGCAUGCUGUAUGUGCUGAGGAUGGCUGUCAAUGCAGAGAAGGAUAUACUGGGAACGGAUUCUUUUGUGAAAGAGCAAAAAGUAACUGCCACCCAAAUCCUUGCGAAAACGGCGCAACAUGUAUCGACAGAUUUUAUUACUUGGACGAAGCUGCGCACGAACCAACACGAUACGAUGAAGCUUACGACAGCAUAUCUUCCAGCCACGUAAACACGCAUGGAAAGGAAUACUCCAGUGAUAGCUUUCCUUUUGAGCAUGUUCCCGUCGAUCUUUCGGCAGAUGAUAUGCAACCUAAUGAUCUCAGUCAAGAACAACACGAAAAGAUGAAGUUCUUUUUUAAGAGAAACAAUAUCCACCGUAGCGACGAAAAAGAAGAACGUGAGAGUUUAGAAAACAUUUUAGAACCGCUAAAAGAUACUAACACGCCCGUUGUUAAGGAUUCUAUAGCUAAAGGCUAUGCAUCAAAAGACCCUACUAGUGACAACAAAGAAUUUCAUAGACAGGAAUCGGAGCUAAACAAUAAUCAAAUAUCGAAGAGGGACAAAAUUAAUGCAGGUACUUGGCAAAAUAUGAAUCAUAAAUUAGAACUGCUUAUGGAUGAGAAUCCUAUGUUUAAAAGAGACGUUGAUUUUGACAAAAACGCCGACAACAACAAGAAGAAGCGUGAUUUAAAUGAUAAACUUGCCACGGCAUUUUUUAAACAAUUUAUUAAAAAACACAAAUCUAAUAAAUAUAGUAAAGAAGCUAACACAAAUAAGACAGUGGAUGCAGAUUAUGGCGAAUUAGCGUACAUAACAAGAAGAAGAAGAUCAGAUGAUGCAUUGCCGUCAGGUGUCAAUAAGAACGACCUGAACUUUUAUGGAUAUGCAUGUAUUUGUCCAACUGGAUUCAAAGGACAAAAAUGCGAACUUACUGAGCCAUGCAACCCAAACCCAUGCGCAAACAAUGGUGUUUGCACGGACAAUCAUGGGGUGCCUGUGUGUAAAUGUCAAUACCCGUAUGUUGGAGCAACUUGCAACGUCACUGAUGCUUGUAAACCCAACCCUUGCAAGAAUUUUGGCAAGUGUACCGAUAAUGAUGGUGUACCUGUUUGUACAUGUUUGCAGAGGUACGAGGGAGAUAAAUGUGAAGUGGACAAGUGCGAUCAAUGCCAUACUAAUGCUAACUGUUUUGACGGUGUGUGCAGAUGUAAACCAGGUUACGAGGGAGAUGGUAGAGCGAGUUGUGUAAAGAAAGAAGUAGAAAACACCGAUCCAUGUGUGCCUAAUCCAUGCAAAUAUGGGUCUUGUACUAGUGAUGGUGUUGGAAAUUUUAAAUGUACAUGCCAGGCCGGUUUCAUAGGACCCUUGUGUGAUCAAAGAGCACCAGUGGUAACGCCUGCACCGCCCAUCAUUACGCCAUCAAUCGUGGAAACAACAUCCACCACGACAACAACCACACCGAAACCUACUGAUAAAAAUAUGUGUCAUCCUAACCCGUGCAUGAAUGACGGUCAGUGUCUUCGUGUUGGCGAUACUUUCACGUGUGUUUGUACACCGCAAUUUAAAGGCAACUACUGCGAAGACGACAAAUGCAUGGAGUGUGACUUGCAAGCAAUUUGCACUGACGGCAAGUGUCGUUGUCGUCAUGGAUACCAUGGUGAUGGGUUCACUUGCACAAAAAAUGACGAAUGCGAUAAGCCAUGUCCUCAGCAUAGUACGUGUGAGCAGGGGGCGUGCGUCUGCCAAUCAGACUAUUACAUGACACAAGGACAUUGUCAACAUGUUCCUGAUCUACAUGCGACACCGCCUCCAGCACCUCCACCUCCUCCGCCCGUACACCACUCAUAUCCACAUCCUAGCGUUUCUUACCAUUUGCUACUUCAUAGUCCACCUGCUCCACCUCCCCCACUUCCCCCGCCACCUCCUCCUCCACCGCCCCCACCCCCUCCACCUCCUCCUCCACCGCCACCUCCUCCUCCCCCACCACCACCAUCAGGACCAGCGGCAUACUUAUAUUCGUACCCUCCGUCUUAUGUACAGCCAGAGCCAGAACCUGUUGCCUCUCAUGUUACCACGUAUGAAGCACAAUCCAUGAUGCCUGCCAGCGCAGCUAUACAAACUUCAUAUAAUCCUCCUAUGCAAACACAGUCAUCAGUCACUUCACAGACACAACCUUACGCUGAGCCUGCUGCAUCAACCACUCAGAAUUCUUACGGACGUUCUUCUCAUGUGCUGCCACUUAACAUUCAAAAGAAGCUCAAGGAGUUGCAGGCACUGGGUUUGCCUGAUAACGUAGCGAAGGCAUUGGUGCGAUCUUCUAUGCCUGCAGACCAGAAGAAGCUUAAUAAGAACGGUAACUUUGCUGAAGACAUCAUUAUAUCUGUGUACCAGAAUAUGGGAUGUUGGAAAGACUCAAAUAGGUGGUGGGAAGAUUACAGUCGUGCUAUACAAAGUGUCGAAGGGAAAUACCCGAAAGUGACUGGAGAUUACAGGCAGAGAAAAGAUCCUAUAGGAAAAUGUGCUGAUGUUGCAAAAGAGCUCGGUUACAAAGUAUUUGCGUUACAAAAUGGCGGACAAUGCUUUACUUCAUCGGAUGCCGGUAGAACGUUCAACAAAUAUGGUAAAUCUGAUCAGUGUAGAGAUGGUGUGGGAGGACCACUUGCUUCUGAUGUGUACUCGCUAUGAUAAAGAAGAAGAGUGGGAGAAGCCGUCAAAUAUUACGAUGGCUACCUCACAUGGGUCGAUAAUUUAGAGUGAUUGAGGCUCCUAUUGCUAGGUUAUGAACUCGGACAUUACGGAGAAUGUUUUGCUUGCAAAUUUCAACUUUUGGAAAAACUGCAUUUGCCACAACAAGGCAUCCCCGAAAUACUUUUAAGCAACAUAAAUAUUUUACCACAAAUAGUCAUUUCUUCUAUGUGUCAAUCUGCUGACCCCAGGGCUGGUUGAAGGUAGCUAGAUAUAAAUUUCAGUUCUUUGUGUUCGUUACAGAAGGGAAGAACGAAGGCUGAAUAAUGGAGUUUAUAACAUUUGUUCUUAUCAUAACAUUUAAUAAUUUGAUUUUUACUUUUUUCUUCACAGCCUAAAAUUGAAAAUCCUGAAACUGAAAAUAAUGUGGAGAUUUUAUUUUAAGUUAUUGAAUUGUGUACAUAAUUACAUGUCGAUACACAAUUAAGAAAAUAUUUUAUAAUUUUUAUACUAUUUUUUUCCCAAUUUUUAUUUAACUUUAUUGUAUAUGUUUGUUUGUGAAUAAAACCAUACACACUCUGUAA